UGGAAAUAAGAACCAACACAGACAAGCAUAUCAAGGAUAUUCGCUGGUAUAAAGAUGGAAUUUUUAUCAAACAAUCAACCCAGUUUGUAUUCUUGGGUAAGAAUUCUUUUCUUUUACAAUAAAAUAUGUCUUUCUUAUCUCGAGUAUAUUACAUAGCCUUGACACAUUUAAACUACGAAGGGAGGGGUAAAAAUUGGCAUACCGACCACCAUUCUCACCUCUUUUGGAUCAUCUUUGCGAUGAAAGCCACCUCCACCUUUAACUUGGUUACUUUCCCAAGUUUUGUUGCAUCAAAAAGAAACACAAAAAUGUUAUGCAUUGUGCUAUUGUACUUCUUUUUGCAUUAUUAGACGACACAGGAGAAGCUUAUGAACGCAAACGGUUGCUCUUAAAAAAUUUAAAUCAUAAACAGCUUUCUGGAAAAUAUAAAGUCGAGCUGAUUGGCGAGUAUUGUUCAUUUCAUAGCACUAUUGACGUAACAGUUCAUGUGAAACCUUUUGUCUCGAUCAAAUCAAAUUUAGGAGGUGGAAGGAAUCUGGUAGGCGAGAAAGGAAAAAAAAUAGUGCUGACAGCAAAAAUAAGCGGAGGAUACCCACCAGUGACGGAAAGUGAUUUACAUUGGACAAAAGACGGCGGAAAAAUCGCAAACAUUGCAAAAGGUCGCAUAAGUAUCGAAAAUUCACAGCAAACAGAGGAUGGCUGGCUGUCGAAACUUGAAAUUAAAGACUUGAACUUCAAAGAUGCAGCCGAGUAUCAGUUUAUUGUCGGAACUUCCGUUUCUAGGAAAAAGUUAGUUUCCGUUAUAAAAAAAGUUGUGGAUUUAACGACAGAAAAACCAACUGUCCUUUCGACUACCUUACGUUUGCAAACAAAAUGGUGGAAAGUUUUUCUUGUCGUGUUUGCUUUAUGCAAUCUGGUAAUAUGGUAGCGCAUUAGUGAUUGGAGUCAAGUACAAGGACGAUUCACUUAAAAAUGCAAUAGUAAAAUUGGUUGUGGGGAACAUAUUUGGUAAAACAAGCGACUUAAUAUUUGUUUUCUUAAAAAAUAUUGUGUAAAUAGUAUAAACUAUUGCUACAAAAUAGCUAGAAUUUUUUAAAAAAAGCAAUACUGUACUUUAUUUGCUCCAAAGAGCUCCAUAGGAAAUACAAGAUACCUUCCACAAACCGUUAUGAAAAGAGUAAUUGAAUU